CGGUGUGGUCGCGAGCUGCGCCCGCGCCACUCUGCCAGCGCAGCCGGACAGACGCGGACGUUCGCGCCACAUUUUGACAGCUGUCAAACUAAUCGUAUCUAGUACCCGCGAGUGUUUCUAUUGACAUUUUCUUGUAUCCCAGUUAUCUGUGACGCGAAGUUUGUUGUUUGUUUGGAGUGUAUCGAAAGUCGUGAGCAAUGAACCACAUGGAUCACAUGGACCACGACCACGGCCAGCAUCCCGGCCACGAUGGGCACGACGGCCACGACAUGCACGACGACCCCUGCGCACACGCAGGCCACGGACACGCCAUGGUGUUCCACGCAGGCGUGUGCCAGGAGAUCCUGUUCAGCGGCUGGAUGACAACCAACGCGCUGGAGCUGUUCGGCUCAGCAGUGGCCAUCUUCUUCGCCGGAGUGCUGUACGAGGGCCUCAAGUACUUCCGCGAGGCCUUGCACGCCAGGGCCUCGUCCUCCACCGGCGACUCCAGGGUCAACAUCACUAAGAGCGAGUGCGGAGCCAACGGACCCUGCGGAGGAACUGCGGUCGUCAAAUACACGAUGUUCUCGUCGGGCCACGUGGUACAGACGCUGCUGCACUUCCUGCAGUCGACCGCCUCCUACACGCUGAUGCUGGUGUUCAUGACGUACAACGUGUGGCUCUGCAUCGCGCUGGUGCUGGGCCUGGCCGUCGGCUACUUCUUCUUCGGCUGGCGGAAGAACACCGUCGUCGACGUCAACGAACACUGUCAAUGAUGCUCAACACCAUGGAAUGGCUUCAGACUCUCAGUUUACAUCCGAACAUUUUGUGGCAUGCCGACCGCACUCACAGUUAAUCGCGCGAUCAAUUUACUAUUUCUGAAACGUUGUAUAAUGCGAUUUGGUCGCAAGCGUGUCAUCGCACUUUGUAUUGGUCUGUGCUUACUUUAUAUAAGUACACAUUUCUUCUUGUUAAGUUCAAAUCAUUAGCAUUAGCACACUCUCAGAAAGAAUUACAGAGCGUCGCUUGACUCACCUAAAAACGUGCGUAGGGAAGCACUAACAAAUAAUGAGAUGUACAGAACUAUGUAGGUACUUCCGAGUUGUUUGAUUAGAAAUUCACCUUGUAUUCCUACUUGAUUUCUAAUCUUACAAAUCGGACAUCGAUAGUAGCUCAUUGCCAAUGUUAUUUUAAAGGUCAUAAACCAUGAGAAAGUGAAUUAGAUAAAUUGUUAAGCCACUACUGGAGCACAGAGCUAAACAAACCUGAAGUUAUAAAUAAAGGAUGUAUUGAUUUUACCAUUACUGUUUCAUAAGAAAGUCUACAAAAGCCAUCCCAAUGUAAGUGAUGAAUGAGUGACACCUAUUGAUAUUGUAUUAAUUAAGUCCUAUACGUAUGUACCUAGGUAACGUAGGCAGGUACUGUCUCUGUAAAGGCUGUCUAUAUAAGUAUAUAUUCCAUUUCUGUAUUUGCAAUAUUAGUAACUACAUAGUUUAGGUUGUUAGUGUAAUUAAUUUAAGAUAGGAGUAGGUAAUUUAAUUCUAAGAAUAAAAAGGUUGUUUCUAUGCCGAAAAUUUUGGAUUUAAAGUGAAAAGUACCGUAGCUAAAUUAAUUAAAAUAUUAAGUGACUCGACUGCAUGACAUGUACAUUUUCAUAGAUACGACAAUGCAUAAAAAAAGUACCGUACGUAAUUAAAGAUUUUAUUUGAAAAAAGUGACUAAUGCGACAAUAAUCUAAUCCCAACACAAAUUAAAAGAAAUACAAGUUGUCUAAAUUGAUAUUACGUUACAAUAAUGCCUUACCUAUUUCUAAAUUAUUUAUAAGUAGAUGAUUAUGUGAUAUUCAGCUAUAAUGUUAUUGUUAAUGUAUUACUUGAAGAGAUUUUAAACUACAUUCCAAACUUUAUCAUGGAAUUGAUAAAUACAUAUCUUUUUAAGUAGGUACCUAUGUAAUUUUAAGUGAACUGUGAACAUCUAUACCAUGACCUUCGAUGAUCGAAGAGUACAACAUUUUUUAUUUGGCACACCAUAGCACCAUUUACCUCUGGAGUAACAGAUGUUCUAAGACUAUAUUGCUUUCCAUCAGGGGAUCUAACCACAUGGUGUAAAAACAUGAUUGUACUAUAAGUUGAUGAGGAACAGAUUACACUCUGAAGUUGUUUUCAUUUCUUUAUGAGAGACUGAAGCGAAUCCAUCUUCACUCUAAGAGUGGCAGCUCCCCUGGUCACCGGGGCAGAAGGACUAAGUACAACAUAAUGUCCAUUCAGACUAAAACAUCGAUGUUACAAUAUUUAUAUGUGUUUCGUGACAAUAGUAGUAUACAGUAAGUUACAUUAAGCACCAAUAGCUUCUUGCCAUGCCUGGAUAUCGUAUAAUAAAACUUGUGUACAAUACAA